CGUGAAUUCUGUGGUUGUGAGGUGAAAUCUUUACUACAAUUUUAACAAAUAUUCGCUGUCGAACCUGCACCUUCUCUAUGCUUUAAGUUCUCUGCAUUAUCCACAUUCGUCGACAAGAUAUUCGAUUCUACGCGGCGCCACGUCAACAUUUUUUACAAUCGCUCAGCAGUCCGGUUCACGAAUCAUAUUCGUACAUUCGUCUUUCGAAUAUACAUAGACAACUUUAUAUUUUUAUGUAGUAUAUGUUAAAUAAAUUGAGAAUCUUUAUUUAAGUGCAAAAGUGGUUUGUAUUAUUAUCAAAUUAUUCAAUACAAUUUAUGAAAAUUUAUCACUAUUAUAUGUUAAGUUUUUUUUUAAUAUAUUCUGAUAGCUUGUUAUAUACAUAUGUAAUGAGGUACAGAUAUAAGUAUGUUCAUAUCAAACAUAGGAAUUAAUUAAAAAAGUAGGCCUUAUUUUCCAGUAACUACAAGAAUUACUUUGUAAAAGUAAAUUAAUUAAAAUUUAUUCAACUAAACCUGUACUCAUAAAUAUGCUCAAAGCAUAUUCAUAUGAAUAAGUUAUAGCCAGUUAUACGUACACAUGUAUUUGGUUAUAUGUACAUACAUAUAUGUACAUGUUUACAGAUACAUUGUUUACAACCUAAGUGCAGCUAAUAGGCUGGUUAGUGAACAACGCAGAAUCGUGGGUCGUGUCAGCUGGGACGACCUAUCUUAUGGGCGCGCAAUGUAACUGAACAGUGAAAAACGCUACUCCCGUUGACGUUGACGUGACGUUGACAUGAGAAUCUGCGACAUUUGGAUUUUUGCCGUCGCAAACGUCUCAGCUGAUUGCUCUCUCACAACGCAAGGUUGCCAAUAUCGAUAUACUGCAGUAAUUAUCAACUUUUAUAAUUCAAUCUGUUCAAUAUGUUUGAAAUUUUCUUAAAAUAACUCAAAAUCAGAGUCGAAUGCUAUUAUUUAUAAAUAUAUAAACUAUUUUUAAUAGUUUGAUUUUAGUUUUGAUAUUUUAUAUUGUAAAAAAUUGUAAUUGAAAACAAAGAUGCGCUCAAAACUAUAUAUGCGUAUUGGGCAAUGGCAACAUUGUUCAAAUGUAAACAAGCGCCAUUAAAACAAACGUCAAAUGAAACAUUUAUUGGAUUGAUUGGAUAAGUAAAAUACGUGUGCAAAUCAAUAAAAAUGGAAGACGAAAGAUUAAUAGCUCUAGUUGAGGCUAGAAGCGAAUUGUUUAACAAGCGCAGUCCAUUUUAUAAGCUACAGUCAAGGAAGGAUGCUUUGUGGGCUGAAAUAGGAAGGGAAUUAAACGCAAGUGGAGAAAUGUGUCGCCGAAGAUGGCUGACACUUCGCGACCGGUAUGGGCGGGAAGUGCGGAAGGCUAACGCCCCCAGCGGCAGCGGGAUGGAGGUCCAAAGACAGUGGCAUUUGCUGGACGCGAUGAAGUUUAUUCAGCCACACAUUGUACCACGGCCGAUUAGAUUCUCACAAAAUAUUUGUGAAAUUGAACAAAGACAGUUGCCGAUUGCAACUAAAGACAGUGGUCUGCAGCCACAUGUCCAUGUGCAGGAGGUGGAAGUGCCAUCACCGCUAUGGCCGAAACCACUAAUAGUAUCCCUGCCGUCGCCAUCUCCACCUGUCGCCGUGGUGCCAUCUCCACCUGUCGCCGUGCCGCCAUCUCCACCUGUCGCCGUGGUGCCAUCGCCUCCUGUCGCCGUGCCGCCAUCACCGACUGCUUCCUCAUCCACCUCGCUUCCCUCACCAUCCUGCUCUACGCAGGUGGCUACCCAAAAGGGCAGAAAGCGAGGUCAAUCUGAGCCAACUAACAGCGAGGUUGACAAGAAGAUGAUGGAAGCCAUUGACAUUUUUAAAAACAGAUGGUCAACGCAAGCCAUCAUGCCGGUCCAACAACAACAACAAUCAACAAGUCCGGCUGUGCAAUCGUUCAGCACUUUAACCGUGUCCAUUUUAAACAAAAUGGAUGAGGCAAAGCAAGUUAGGGCUAUUGAAAAAAUGUUGGAGGCUGCGUUUGCAGUGCAGAGGGGAGAAUGA